AUGAUAAAGAAGAAAAUUUCAAAAUUUACUCCAUUUGAUAGGGUAUUGGAUGGAUUAGAAUAGGAAGAACUUAUAGAUGAAGAUGUUAAUAUGAAAAUCAUAAAAGUGUAUAAUCGAAAGAAAAAUAAUAAAAUGUUUCUAUUGGAAAGAUUAAUCUCAAAUGAAAAAGAACAUUUAAAAUACAUAGAAGAAAUACAUAAAUAUGAAAUAAUUAAUUCUGAUGGAUUAUUAUGCAUAGACAAAUGGGUUUAUAUUAAUUAAUAAUAACUAGACAUAUGACAUGUUAAUUGAUUAAAAUUUAAAUAAAUUAUACAAAUUUAUUUUAGUGUUUGAUACCUAUUCAUAGAAUUUAAAUUAAUAUCUAGAGAACAUUUAAGUAAUGUAUAUUAAAUAAAUUUAGUCUAAGAAAAUUCAAUUACUAAAAGAAGAUAUUGUUGUAUUCUUUAGGGCAAUUAUCUUGUCAAUAAAUUAUUUGCAAUAAUAAUAAAUUAUAACCUUUAAUCCUGUGACAAUGUCUUGCAUUUUGAUUUGCUCAGAUACAUGUAUGAAAUUUAAUUGUAUUCCAAUAUUAUUAACUUAACAUGCCCUAGAAAAAGCAAAAAAGGAAAGUUUACUUUAUUAAGCACCUGAAUAAGUAAAGGAUUCUAAAAAUAUAAAUCAUAUCUACUCUUAAGCAAUAUAUUCUUUAGGACUUAUAUUUAUAUAGCUAUUUUUAUUAAGACAUAUAGAUUAAUUAAGGAAAUAUGAAGAUAUUAAAUAAAGUAUCAAAGAAAUUUAAAUGAAAUAUGGAGACACUUAUAAAUCUUAUUUAGAAAGUAUGGUUGAAUAAGAUCCAAAUAAAAGAAUAAAGAUAUAAGAUUUAUGCCAAUUAUUAUCCAUUUAAGAACCUCAAAAGUUAAUUAAGGACAAUUUAAAAAUUACAUUUUCAGAGACUUUUGAAUAUUAUCGUAAGUAAUAUUCUAUAUUGAAUGUACCUGAACCUCGAUCUAUUGCAUAUGGAAUUCCUUGGAGUAGAAAUAUUUUAUAAUCAAAUUUAUUUAAUAUGAAAAAUUACUUUCUAGAAUUAUUAGAUCUUUCUUAAUCAUAAUAAAUAUCAGAAUAAGCUGUGACUAUAAUAUUUUAAUAGUUUAGAGUAUUUGUUAUAGGAGGAAUGAAUUGUCAUUUAGUUUAUGAAUUAGAUGAUGAAAUACCAGCUCUAAAGGAAGUAACAUCAAUUCCAUAAAGUAAUACAAAUAGAUGGGGUUUUGGAUAUGUUAUAUGUAAAUGAAUUAGUAUAUAUUAGAGAAAAUAAUUAAUUGUUGUAUAUUUGUUCUGGAUAUAGCGAUUAAGUAUUGACAGCUAAUACAUUUUGUUAUAAUAUUUAAACUUAAAAGUGGAUGAAAUUAAGUGAUUGCUAAAAACCAGGAAUAGGUUGUACAUUAGUUUGUUAUAAUAAUUCAAGUAUUUUCAAAUAUGGUGGAAUUGAAAUCAAUAAUAAACCUCUUAAUUGUGUAGAAGAAUUUAAAAAUAAUGAAUGGUAAAUAAUAAAUUUUAAAAAACCACACUUUAUAUUACCAAACUUUAGUUUUGCAUAAUAGGUAAAUCCAACAUAGAUUUUUAUUGUUGGAGGAUAUUGUGAUAAAGUGCCUAAUACAAAGGUUAUAGUAAUGAAUAUUGAUACAUAAGCUCAUCUUAUAGAUUCAAGAAAAGAUUAUACAUAUGUUGAAUUUAUAGUAAAUGAAUUUUUAGAUUAUGGAAAAUAUGGCCCAGUAGAAGCAAUGCAAAUAAGCAACAAUUAGUUAUUUUUGUUAUAAAAAAGAAAUGAAAAGCACUAAUAUUUAACUGUAUAAGAUUAAGCUGAAUUUGUAGAGUUACGAAAGAUUCAUAUCUGA